AUGAAGAAAGCCUUCACCACCCCAACAUCCCUUGAUCGUGAACUCAAGCCAUCGCCGGUAAUGAAAGAGUCAGUGACAGCCGUGGAGAAGAUCGUCGGCUACAGCUUCAAGAACAAGAGGCUUCUAGAAGAAGCUCUCACCCACUCCUCCUUCCCUUGGUCCACUUCGUAUCAACGCCUCGAGGUCCUUGGCGACAGCGUUCUGAACCACGCAGUCACCAACUACUUCUUUUGUAUGGCUGACCGCCGGAAGUUCAACCAAGACCAAAUAACUAAGCUACGCUCCGCCAACGCUGGCAACCUCAAGCUCGCCCGCGUCGCUGUUCGCCUUGGGCUUUAUCCCUACCUUCGCCGCUUCAAUACACCUGUUCUUGAUGAUAAGGUUAAGGAGUUUAUCGAAGCAGUAAUUAACGGAGAAGACGAGACGGGGCUUGUACAUAAGGUUCUUGCAGAUAUUGUUGAGUCCGUGGCAGCUGCUAUUUAUAUUGACUUGAAAUUUGAUCUCGAUAAACUAUGGAUGAUUUUUAAGCCUCUUUUGGAGCCUAUAUAUACUCUUGAAGACUUGCGUGGUCGCCCCAUGGCAAUAUUGUAUGACUUUUGCCUGAAGAACGGGAGGCGCCUUGAGAUCAAGCUGAAGCCAAGAGAUGAGACUGAAAAUAUAAGUAUUGCUGGUGUCUACGUUGAUGACGUGCUUGUUGGCUCGGGUUCUUCUAAGGGGAAUAGUAAUGCAAGGCAGAAUGCUGCUAAAGAGGCUGUACAUAAGUUGUCGCAAUCGAUGGUUGUAAAUGAUGGGUCCUUCGAAGGUAUUCCAGCUGGAAACAACAGGUCAUUUCGUAUUGAAGAAGCGAUACAAAUGUUGCAUGUGCUUUGUGCCAAGAAGAGGUUGCCUAAACCUCCAGAGUACAAAGAAUUCGUGUUAGGUCCUCCACAUGAGAGGAAAUAUUUAUACUCAGUUAAAGUGGUAACUUCAGAUGGUACCGUGAAAUCUGAGACGGGAGAUGAAAAGUCAAGAAAAAAAUAUGCAAUGAAUUCUGCAGCUUACAAGAUGUUCCUUGCUUUACAAGAAUAUUAUAAUAUGAUCAACACCAUAAAGUCUUGUAGAAUGAUCAACAGAAAAGAAGCUGAUAAUAUGAUCGACACCAAAGACACUGAUCGUAUGAUCAACCCCAAAGAAGCUUAUCGUAUGAUCAAGACCAAAGAAUCUGAUUGCAUGAUCAAGACAAAGGAAUCUGAUUCCAUGUUGGAUUAUAUUGACUCACUACUCGACACACUUGGGGCUAAGGCCUAUGGGAUUGCUUGGAGUAAAAAUUGCAUAUCUGUGUAUAUGUUUGUUUUCUUUUUGGUAAAUUGUACCCAUCAUCAAUCGCAUGGUCUAGCAUCCAUCACCAGAAAUGAAACAAUCGGUGUGAACCGUGGAGCAAAUCCUGGGCUACAAGAGGCUCCUAGAAGAAGCUCUGACUACACUGAAUCCGCGUUGUAUCAGCGCCUUGAGUUCAUCGGCGGUGACGCCAUCUCCAAGAUAAGGGGUCUAGUGGAGCUUAUAGUUACUCUCGAAGACUUGCAAGAUGAACCGCGACCCGUGACAAUGUUGUUUGACCUUUGCCAGAAGCAUGGGAAGCAUGUUGAUAUCAAGCACAUUGGAGAGAUGAGACCAAGAGUAUUACUAGUUUUGUCGCAAUUGAUGAUGAAUGGGUCGUGUGAAGGUAUUGUUGGAAUGAAUGGGUCAUUUCAUAUUGAAGAAGCAAAGCAGAAGUUGCAUGAGCUUCGUGACAAGAGGAAGUGUAUUGAGAAAGAUGAAGGUCCUUCACACGAUGAGAAGAGAUUUGUGUCCUCAGUUAAAAUUACAACUAUGGAUGGUGUGCUAUGA